AUGGCCUUUACAGAACUCGAAGUCCGCGAAGCGGAAGACGCAAUUGUAGCCGCAGCAAAUGCGGAAGAUAUGUUCCGCUUGGGACUGAUCUAUUCAACGGAUAUGGAAGACUGCGGACCCAAUUUUGUCGAAGCACAUAAAUGGUUUAGCUUAGCGGCUAUGAUGGGCAGCCUGCCGGCUAAAGCCUAUCGCGAAGAACUCAAGUUUGAGAUGAGUGCAACUGAUCUGACGCUGGCUCAACGGGCGGCUCGCGGUUGGAUGACUGAACAUCGGGCAAUGCUCGCAGCCUAA